AUAAGCUCCAACAGGGGGCGCUGUGAGCUCUGUUCAGGAGCGUCACUUCCGGUUAAUGACAUGACCAGAUUGUAGCAUCGGCGCCGAACACGAUUCCAUCUCAGGGUGAUGGGGCCAGACAGUGCCCCAGGUCCAGCUGUGCCCUGGCGGAAGGUGCUGUGGGAGCGCCAGCCGUUCCCUGAUAACUAUGUGGACCAGCGAUUCUUGGAGGAAUUACGGAGGAAUGAGGGCCUCCGGCAGUACCGCUACUGGGCUGUGGUGAAAGAAGCAGGCUUUGUGGGACAGCAGCUGUCCUGUGUGGCUAUUUUCAUCACCCUCUGGCUCUAUAUGGAGCAGGGUCUGCUGUCUCCUGAGAUGCUGCUUUCGACCAGCCUUGUCUGUGCUCUGCUGGGUUAUGGACUGCACCAAGCCUUGACAUCUCAGGUUGAAUCAGGCUGUGAGCCUCGCACCCGUCUGGCUGACUUACAGAGUGCCACUAUUUUUCUUUCCUUCACCUUUGGCUUCUCGCCGGUCCUAAAGACACUGACAGAGUCCGUGAGUACGGACACUGUGUAUGCCAUGUCUGCUAUGAUGUUGCUGGCCCACUUGGUCUCGUUCCCUUACGCUCAGCCCUCUCCCCCGGGCAGCCUCUCCCUCAACGCAGCCCUGUUUGCCUCUGUGUGUUUAGCCUCAAGGUUGCCCGGUGCUCUGCACACCUUCGCCAUGCUCAGCUGUGCCCUGCUGGUGUUUGCCCUGUGGCCAUGUCUGCUUCAGAGACUUAAAGAGAACGCCCCCAGUCAGUUCACUGGAGUGUGUGUGGGAAUGUGUAUCGGAGGAGUAGCAGGCCUGGGCUCCCAGUCGCUGGGUGGGGCCGUGCUGUUGGCCCUGGCCCUAGGAAGUGUCACAUUACUCUGUCCCUUACUGCUAGUCAGGCUGCAGAGGCACAAGGACAACAUCCACGGACCCUGGGAUGAGGCUGAGAUCCACGAGGACCUUAGCCACUUCCUUCACUAAUAGACAGAGUGGUGCUCCUGACCACACAGCCAACUGAGAAUUUUGUAUGACUUUAUCUACUGUCAGUCUUAAGUAUUUUGUUGGUGCUGUAUAUCUAAACAAACAAAAAUGUUAACUCUUUUAUCAUUGGUCCACAUCUGUGUGGAGAGCCGUGGCAACUUGUUAUUCUCUUGAAGGGAAUAUGAAGAUGAUUUAAUGUUCAAGCUGCUACUGUCUUAUCAAAAUUUGACCUCAGAAUUUGUAUGGAAGGUAUCAACUAAUGUGCAAUGCUGAGAUACAUUACAGGACACUGAUGCUAUGCACCGAUUUGAUAUCACUGAUGUUUUAAUAAUCUGUGGGAUCUCUGUUUGUUUAUAAUUGUGUAAAAUAUGUUAAUGGUGGUGUAUGAUUGGAUGGAUGUGUAGUGUUUAACACAGUGGCUUGAUAAUGAACAAGGGCUCUAGCUCCAUUUCAAACUAUUUUAAAUUAAAUAUUCAUUAUAGAAUAUUAAGAUUUCAAGGGUUUUUUUCAUUAAACUAUACAGUAUUU